CGUGCAAAGUGUUCUCUAUGGAAUUUCUGAAGUGUCAUAUAGAGGAUGCAAGAUCUUGCAAGUAUUUACUGCCCCUAUAAAUACUUCUCCAUUCACUUAGAAGCUCUUCAUUCCCCAAACCCACAACUUCCUUUCACAGCUUCUUAGUACCGAACCAAGAAUGACACUCUUACCAGCAAAGACACUUCCCAACCUGUUCGUUACAUCCCAAUGUCUUUUUGUUUUCUUCGUCGUCCUCGCUUUCGUCUCUCCUUUUGAUUCCACUGCUUUUUCUUCUUCUUCGCCUAAGAAAGAAGUUGGAGAAGAAGGAAUGGAAGCAGCGGCUCUCCUGGCAUGGAAAGCUAGCCUUGACAACCAAAGUCAAUCGAUCUCUCCUGUCCUCAUGGGUUGUCGGAAGCAACCACUGCAAUUGGAUUGGAAUUGGUUGCAAAAAGGCUGGCAGAGUCAUCAAUCAUAUUGACCUUGAGAGUUAUGGCCUAAGAGGUAUGCUUUCCAAUCUAAAUUUAUCAUCCCUCCCUCAUCUUCUCAGCUUUAAUCUUACAAACAACUCAAUUUCUGGAACCAUCCCCUCCCCCAUUGGUAGCCUUCGGAGACUCACCCAUCUUAGCCUAUCCGCAACCAUCUCUCUAGCUCAAUUCCACCUGGAAUAGGCCAAUUGUCAAAUCUGAAGACCUUGGAGCUGCACCAAAAUCAAAUAGGUGGCUCCAUCCCCUACGAAAUAGGAUUGCUGCUUUCUCUUAUUGAGCUCACUUUGAAUUCAAACAAUCUCACUGGUUCAAUUCCUACUUCUAUGGGUAACUUGGUCAACUUAACCACUUUGCACCUUUACGAAAAUCAUCUGUCCGUGUCGAUCCCUGGAGAAGUUGGGAUGCUAAGGUCCCUCAUUGAUCUCGAACUCAAUACGAACAAUCUCACGGGUUCAAUCCCUGCUUCUAUAGGGAACUUGGCAACCUUAACCACUCUACAACUACACCAUAAUCAUCUUUCUGGGUCAAUCCUUAAGGAAGUUGGAAUGUUAAUAUCCCUCACUGAUCUCGAACUGUCAAGGAACAAUCUCACGGGUUCAAUUCCUACUUCUAUAGGGAACUUGGUCAACUUAACCACUCUUUACCUUCAUAGAAACCAACUUUCCGGAUCAAUACCAGAAGAAGUUGGGAUGCUAAGGUCCCUCACUGAUCUCGAACUGUCAAGGAACAAUCUCACGGGUUCAAUCCCUACUUCUAUCAGGAACUUGGUCAACUUAACCACUCUUUACCUUUACGGAAAUCAUUUGUCUAGGUCGAUCCCUGAAGAAGUUAGUAUGCUAAGGUCCCUCACUGAUCUCAAACUGUCAAAGAACAAUCUCACGGGUUCAAUCCCUACUUCUAUAGGGAACUUGGUCAACUUAACCACUCUUUACCUUCAUAGAAACCAACUUUCUGGAUCAAUCCCUGAAGAAGUUGCAAUGCUAACGUCUCUUAGUGAUCUCAGACUCUAUGAGAACAAUCUCACUGGCACAAUCCCUGCUUCUAUAGGGAACUUGGUCAACUUAACCACUCUGUACCUUUACAGAAAUCUUUUGUCCGGGUCAAUCCCUGAAGAAGUUGGGAUGCUAAGGUCCCUCACUGAUCUCGAACUCGAUACGAACAAUCUCACGGGUUCAAUCCCUGCUUCUAUAGGGAACUUGGUCAACUUAACCACUUUGCAACUAUACCAAAAUCAUCUUUUCGGGUUGAUUCCUGAGGAAGUUGGGAUGUUAAUAUCCCUCACUGAUCUCGAACUUGAUACGAACAAUCUCACGGGUUCAAUCCCUGCUUCUAUAGGGAACUUGGUCAACUUAACCACUCUAAAACUAUACCAAAAUCAUUUGUCUGGGUCGAUUCCUGAAGAAGUUGGCAUGCUAAGGUCCCUCACUGAUCUCGAACUUGAUACAAACAAUCUCACGGAUUCAAUCCCUGCUUCUAUAGGGAACUUGGUCAACUUAACCACUCUACAACUAUACCAAAAUCAUUUGUCUAGGUCGAUUCCUGAAGAAGUUGGCAUGCUAAGGUCCCUCACUGAUCUCAAACUGUCAAGGAACAAUCUCACGGGUUCAAUCCCUACUUCUAUAGGGAACUUGGUCAACUUAACCACUCUUUACCUUCAUAGAAACCAACUUUCCGAACCAAUCCCUGAAGAAGUUGCAAUGCUAACGUCUCUUAGUGAUCUCAGACUCUAUGAGAACAAUCUCACUGGCACAAUCCCUGCUUCUAUAGGGAACUUGGUCAACUUAACCACUCUGUACCUUUACAAAAAUCUUUUGUCCGGGUCGAUCCCUGAAGAAGUUGGGAUGCUAAGGUCCCUCACUGAUCUCGAACUCGAUAUGAACAAUCUCACGGGUUCAAUCCCUGCUUCUAUAGGGAACUUGGUCAACUUAACCACUCUACAACUAUACCAAAAUCAUUUGUCUGGGUCGAUUCCUGAAGAAGUUGGGAUGCUAAGGUCCCUCACUGAUCUCGAACUUGAUACAAACAAUCUCACGGGUUCAAUCCCUACUUCUAUAGGGAACUUGGUCAACUUAACCACUCUACAACUAUACCAAAAUCAUUUGUCUGGGUCGAUUCCUGAAGAAGUUGGCAUGCUAAGGUCCCUCACUAAUCUCGAACUUGAUAUAAACAAUCUCAUGGGUUCAAUCCCUGCUUCUAUAGGGAACUUGGUCAACUUAACCACUUUGCAACUAUACCGAAAUCGUCUUUUCGGGUCGAUCCCUAAGGAAGUUGGGAAGUUAAUAUCCCUCACUGAUCUCGAACUCGAUACGAACAAUCUCACGGGUUCAAUCCCCGACGAAGUUGGGAUGCUAAGGUCUCUCGUUCAUCUUGAACUCUAUGCAAACAGUCUCAUUGGUUCAAUCCCUACUUCUCUAGGGAAUCUUGAAUUCCUUGAGUCUUUUCGUUUGUUCGAUAACCAACUUACUGGAUCUAUUCCCCCACACCUGAACAAUCUAUUAGUUUUGAGAGUUUUUGAAGUGGAUGAUAACAUGUUCACAGGUCAUUUACCAGAAAACCUUUGCUUGAGUGGGUCACUUGAAAUAUUUACGGCCUCAUACAACAAUUUCAUCGGGCUCAUGCCCAAAAGCUUGAAAAAUUGUAGUAGCUUGCAUAGGGUCAGGCUUGAGGGGAAUCAAUUUUCAGGAAACAUAUCGGAAAAUUUUGGAGUAUACCCAAACUUGGAUUACAUUGAUUUGAGCGACAACAAUUUCUAUGGAGAGCUCUCUCAACAAUGGGGAAUGUGCCAUAGGUUAACGAGUCUCAAAAUGUUGAACAACAAUAUUUCUGGAGGGUUACCACCUGAAUUGGUAAUGGCAACUCAACUGUCCCAAAUUGAUCUCUCUUCAAAUCAUCUAGUUGGAGUGAUCCCAAAGAAAUUUGGAAGUUUGAUUUCAUUGUUCUAUCUUAAGUUGAGUAAUAACCAACUAUCAGGUAACAUUCCUGUAGAACUGGGUCGCCUUGGCAACUUAGAGACUCUAAAUUUUGCAGCAAAUAAACUAACUGGCUCAAUCCCUCAGGAGUUAGGGGAUUGCCAGAAGCUAUUGAACUUGAGUUUGAGCAAUAAUAGACUUGGGAAAAGCAUUCCGUUGGAACUAGGUCAACUCCAUAGCCUUCAAAGUCUUGAUUUGAGUGAUAACUUGUUAAUAGGUAAAAUUCACAAUGAGCUCUCCGGUUACAUACCAUCUUCUUUUGAUAACAUACUAGCUCUUUCAUCAGUGGAUAUAUCCAACAAUCAACUGGAGGGCCCUCUUCCUCAUAUCAGAGCCUUUCAAGAGGCUCCAUUUGAGUCACUGCGAGGUAAUAAAGGUUUAUGUGGUAAUGCUUCUGGUUUGAAGUCCUGCCAACUUCAUGGGGUUCCUAGAAAGAAGGAAAAGAAAGUGGCGUUACUAAUUGUACUUCCUAUUUUGGGGAUUCUACUUCUUUCUGUUACGGUUCUCGGAUUUUUCUUGUCUAUUUGUAAGAAAAUGAAGAGCACAACAAACAAGCCAUUACAAGUAAAUACUCCAAAUUUGUUUUCAAUAUGGAGUUAUGAUGGAAAAAUGGUGUACGAAAACAUCAUUGAAGCGACUGAGAACUUCAAUGCCAAAUAUUGCAUUGGGGAAGGAGGAUGUGGUACAGUUUAUAGAGCUGCCCUGCCAAAUGGUCAAAUAGUUGCUGUGAAGAAACUUCACUCAUCAUCUGAUGGUGACUCGGUUAAUCAAAAGAGCUUUACGAGUGAGAUCAGUACAUUAACAGCAAUAAAGCACCACAACAUCGUAAAGCUUCAUGGGUUCUGUUCACUUCCAAGACACUCGUUUUUGGUUUACGAGUUCUUGCAAGGUGGGAGCUUGCAAAAGGUAUUGGCCUCGAAGGAAGAAGUAGUAGAACUGGAUUGGAACAAAAGAGUGGAUGUUGUUAAAGAUUUGGCAAAUGCUCUGUCUUAUAUGCACCAUGAUUGUUCGCCACCAAUCAUCCAUCGAGACAUAUCAAGCAAAAAUGUUUUGUUUGAUUCUGAAUACGUCCCUCACAUCUCUGAUUUUGGGGCGGCUAGAUUUAUGAAAUCUGACUCGGCAAAUUGGACUUCAUUUGCAGGAACCUUUGGAUAUGCCGCUCCUGAACUCGCAUAUACAAUGGAAGUGAAUGAGAAGUGCGACGUUUACAGUUUUGGGUGCUAACACUAGAAGUGAUUAUGGGCGAGCAUCCCGGUGAUCUCAUCUCGUCUCUAUCAUCAUCUUCGUCGUCGUCGUCAUCAAAAACUGGACAUGGGAUUUUAUUCAAGGAUGUGUUGGACCAACGCCUGCCGCCUCCUACAAAUCAAGUGGGCAGAACAAGUAGUGGUUGCUGCAAAAGUAGCAUUUGCAUGUUUGAAUGCUAGACCACUUUCUCGGCCAACCAUGCAGCAAGUUGCUAGGACGAUGUCAAAUCCAAGGCUAUCUCUGCAAAAUCAGUUACACAUGAUUACAUUAGGAGAACUCGUUUCUGCCAACUGCUUCACUUCUUGAGUUUCCUUGGACUUUGGCUCUUACGAGUUUUUGCUAUGACUGCAAUUUCACUUUUCUUUUUGUAUGCUUUCUGCAAUCUUUUUUGCUUUGUUGAUAUUGAAUAAACAUGAUAUGAUGUAAAAUAGACUCUGUUCGUUGAAAAAAUAAUUGUCAUGGAGAUGAAAAGAAAUACAACUUCGAUGUGGUUCAAGAAUCAACUAUUACGGUCAAAUAGCCAAUUAUUUUGGGGAGAAGAUUUAAAUGAAAUGACAUGAAGGGUGAUUUUAUUUCC